AUGCCUCCUCCUAACCCAAAUGCUAACACACCUAGACCUACUCAAUUGCCAGCACAACCUGUGCCUAAUCCAAAUAGUAAAACACAACAACUUGUUUAUUCUAUUAAUCCCAAUCAAUAUCCUGCAUAUGUUGUAAGCAUAAGUGAUAUUCACCUACGAUCAGGGACAACCCUACUAGCACCUUCUUCCCCUGUUAUCACUGAGAUACCUACAAAAGGAGUUGAAAAAGAUAAUUUACCUAGUAUGCUAGUGCCACCCAGUCAGACACAAGAAUCUGAUAUAGCACCUUCAUUCCCUCAAAGGCUUGAGAUGGAAGUAAUAAAGAAAAUGGAGGAACCAAUGUUUGAUCUUAUAGAUCAACUGAAACAUGUCUGUGUCAAAAUUCCCUUGUUCCAAGCUAUUAAAGGUGUCGCCAUCUAUAGCAAAGCUAUCAAAGAGGCUUGUUUAAAGAAACCAGGAAGGAAAAAAAAGGAUCCACAAACAGUUCAUGUGAUAGGUCAAUUGGCUAAUAUAAUGCUUGGGAAGGUCAUUAUUCCUAAGUACUCCAGCCCUAGAAGUCUUGUGGUUAGAAUUGACGACAAUGGAAUACAAGUACAAAAUGCUCUAAUCGACCUUGGUGCAGCAAUCAAUGUAAUGCCAAAAGAUGUCAUGCAGCAUCUAAAUAUUACUACUCUAAGACCUGCCCCUAUAGUCCUGCAGCUGGCAAAUAGCUCUAUUGUUAGACCUAAUGGAGAUAUGACAAUUUCAGAUGGCAUGACAACCAAGAAGCUUGCACUUUAUCCUCCAACAAAACCCCAACUUGAUUUGGAACAACCAGUGUGGCCUAAUAUAGGAGAAGAAGCAGAUGAAGCCAAUUCAGUUGCACAACUUAUGAUGAUAGAUCGAGAUCCUUUCCUGCAACUUCAAGAGGAAAAUGAAAUCCUCUCCAAUAUCCUUCAGAAUCAUUACGGAGCAAUCAAUCAAUUAGAUGGUUGUUCAUCAAGUUUUGCAUGUCCAUUAUAG